CUCCCGCUCCGCCCAGCGAAUGACGUGUUUGCAGGAGCUGGUCCGUUCCCGGAUCCUCCGACCUCAAAAAGAGCAGCGUCGGCCUGGACGAUGGAGCCAGACGAGGACGGGAGGCUCCUUGCCAAGCCGGCCUUGGAGCAGGAGGGAAUCCGCUUUCUCCAAAACACUGUAGGCUGGCUGCUUUCCAAUUACGGCUGGUACCUUCUUUUCGCCUUGAUUAUUCUCUACCUGAUCUUUCAAAAGCUUUCCAGUAACUUCAGAGUCAUGACACAGAGAAGCAUGGAUGCAUCGGUGGCAUCUAAUAUAGAACCUGAUGUUGUUGUUAAACAACAGGAAGCUUUAGCAGCUGCUCGUUUGAGAAUGCAAGAAGAAUUAAAUAAACAGGCAGAAAAAUAUAAAGAAAAAUUAAAGCAGCUUGAAGAAGAGAAAAGAAGACAGAAAAUAGAGAUGUGGGAAAGUAUGCAAGAAGGAAAAAGUUACAAAGGAAAUGCCAAAAAGUGGUCAGAGCAGAAACCUGAACCUGGUUCUUCUAGUUCUUCAGCUAUACGAAAGCCUAAACCUGACAGAAAGCCUUUGCGUGGAGGUGGUUAUAACCCUUUGACUGGAGAAGGAGGUGGAUCAUGUUCUUGGAGACCAGGACGUAGAGGACCCUCAUCUGGUGGAUGAGGUUAAGAAUCUUGCUUAUGUCUCUUGACAUUAGCAAGAUAAAUUUUAGCCCACUAUUCAGCUGCCUAGCGUAUGCUUUUCACAGUGACGAUUUAAGGGGAAGUGGCGUUUAGUUCAUUUACUAUAAAUGUAGAUUCAUUUAAAGGUCAGAGGCAAUAAAAGUUAUAGAAAAAUGCCAAUAGGAUAGGAUUUAAGAGGUUGUACAUGGCAUUGUUUUAGUUUAAUACAUUUAAAAAUUAUUUUAAAUCAUUUUUUUGGUUGACUGAUCAGAGAUGGAAUAUAGUCUUUCAGAUGGCAAUUAAUAAUCUUUCUAGAAAGGCCUCAUCAUGAUAUUUUAAUCAUUUGAACGUCCAUGACUGUAGAUGAGUCUCUGUGACAGGCUGCGCAGAAUGAUGUCUUCCUUAUAAAUGGUGAACUCACCAGUGAGGAUUACUGAUGAUUGAUAGUUGAUGGUGUUUUUUUCUAUAUAUGCAUUUUUAUGCACAGAGCUUUGUAAAAUAUUGUAAAUAUUAAAAAUGAAAAUAACCUUUCUCAGCAUCUUUUUAUUAAACUAGAUAUGAUACAA